AUGUCCAACACAAUCGAAAAGGCCUUUGGACCUGAUCAAGAGAAAAAUGUUACUAUUGUGAGAAGCAAUAACUCAGCUACUGAGACGUCUGACGGUACGAAUUCGUUUGUAAAUAAGGAGCAGUACGAGGCUCAUCAGGAUUCCACCACCGAUGAACACGAAACCGGAAAGAAAAAGACUUUGACUAUCAGAAAGACGGAACUUCUCUCCAAAUCUUAUGACAAAUGGUAUCUCCAAGCUAUCCUUUUGUUUUCUGCUUUCGUCUGUGGCUACGGUUACGGGCUGGAUGGUAAUAUCCGUUACAUCUAUACAGGUUAUGCCACUUCCUCUUACAGUGAGCAUUCGCUCCUAUCCACCAUCAAUGUUAUUAACGCGGUCGUGAGUGCUGCAUCGCAGAUUGUCUAUGCAAGAUUAUCGGAUAUUUACGGGAGAAUGUCUCUGUUAGUGGUCGCCAUCGUGCUUUAUGCAGUGGGGACCAUCAUUCAAUGCCAAGCGUACGACGUUCAAAGGUACGCCGCUGGGUCAAUCUUCUACAAUGCAGGCUACGUCGGUGUUAUUUUGAUUCUCCUGUUGAUUCUGUCGGAUUUCUCCUCUCUAAGGUGGAGACUGUUCUACCAGUUUGUCCCAACUUGGCCAUUCAUCAUCAAUACAUGGAUUUCAGGUAACAUCACUCAGAAAGCUAAUCCUUUGAAACACUGGUCUUGGGAUAUCGGUAUGUGGGCGUUCAUUUUCCCGCUUAGUUGUGUACCAAUUUUGUGCUGUAUGAUCCAUAUGCAUUGGAGAGUCAGAAAUGAUCCGGAAUGGAAAGAGCUGCAAGGUGAGAAAACGUAUUUCCAAAUUCAUGGGUGGAAAGUUACUUUGAAGACUCUAUUUUGGAAACUGGAUGUUGUUGGUGUCUUAUUGAUGGUGGCGUGUUUGGGUUGCAUUCUAGUCCCAUUGACCCUUGCAGGUGGUGUGAGCUCCAAAUGGAACCACUCUAAUAUCAUUGGUCCUUUUGUUCUUGGUUUUGUUUUAAUUCCAAUUUUCAGCUACUGGGAAGCUAGGUGGGCUACGAAUCCUCUAGUCCCAUACAAACUGGUUAAGGACCGUGGUGUGUGGGCAGCUCUGGGUAUCUCUUUUUUGAUAGAUUUCAUCUUCUACAUGGCAGUUGACUAUUUGUAUACGGUUCUGAUCGUUGCCGUUCAUGAAUCGGUCAAGUCUGCCACUAGAAUCUCGUCUUUGUCGUCCUUUGUUUCAACUGUUGCAUCUCCUAUUGUCGCUUUGGCUUUAACAAGAGUGACUAGAAUGAAACCGGUUAUUAUCGUUGGUUGCUCUUUGUGGUUGUUAGCCAUGGGGUUGCUGUACCAUUUCAGAGGUGGCAGAGAAUCGCAUUCCGGGAUCAUCGGUGCGCUUUGUGUUUGGGGUUUAGGUACUACUCUGUUCACAUAUCCCGUCACGGUUUCGGUUCAAGCCGCCACCAAUCAUGAUAAUAUGGCUACGGUCACAGCCUUGAAUUACACGCUUUACAGAAUUGGAUCCGCUGUUGGCGCUGCUGUUUCCGGUGCUAUCUGGACCCAAACGUUGUACAAACAACUACUGAAAAGAAUUGGAAAUUCCGAGCUUGCUACGAAGGCAUAUGCAUCUCCUUAUACCUUCAUCACAACUUACACAUGGGGAACUCCUGAAAGAGAAGCGAUGGUACAAGCGUACAGAUACGUUCAAAGAUUGGAAACGAUUGUCGCUGUUGUGUUCUGUGCUCCACUAAUUAUGUUUUCGUUGUGCCUGAGAGAUGCAAAGUUGACUGACGAAGUGGCACAUGAGGAUAUUUCUGAGGGAGAGUACAUUGAGAAAGCUAGUGGUGAUCCAAUUGGUGAAUUCUUUGCUAAACUGUUCAAGAAAACGAAGAAUAAAACCCUCAAAAGUAGUAAAUAA